AUUAUUAUAUGGUUAGUGUUAGGAGCAAGUACUGUUUGUGUCCCAUCUUGUAAGUUAUCUAAACACAGCUUUCACCCUUUCUUCCUGUAGCCGGUUUCCGGCAAAACAUGUUUGACGGCGCAUGAAUUCCGUCGAAUCAUGCGGCGUACCCGAGAUCCGGUCCUUCUCCUCACUUACAGAUGAUUCUGUCUCUGAAGCCGGAGAACAGAUAGAAAAUUGCUGAUUUUCUGGUAUUGCGAGAAUCUCAAAUCUUUGUUGCCACAACUCUAUUUACUGUUUUCUCUCUUUUUAUCUGAGGUUAUGGUUUUCCAGUUAAUGUACCAAAUGGGUUUAAGUCCUGUAAAGGGAUGAUUAUAAGGUGGUUACAGAUUUUAAUUGAAGUUCAUAAAUUUGAUGGAAAGAAUACAGAGAUGGAGUUUGGUGGCAUGUACUUUGUGGCUGUGGGUUGCAUAUGAAGGGACUGUGAAGAUUUUUGUAGGGAUUAGCUGCUGAAGGUUUGUUGACAUGACAAAGAAAAUACGCUUGGCUUGUUCCUUGCAGGAGGAUGAAGAGAAAGGGAAUAAUAGCUUUGUGGAAAUGGAUACAAGGGUAGGAGGUAAUGAUGGUUUUCCUAGAAUUGGACCAAAUGAUUCGCUUCUCCCUGGUCUUUUUGAUGAUGUUGCGCUAAACUGUCUUGCUUGGGUUAGUAGAUCUGAUUAUGCUUCACUAGCAUGUAUAAAUAAAAGGUACAACAUGUUGAUUAGGAGUGGGUAUCUAUCCGGGUUGAGGAAGAAGUUGGGGAUUGUGGAGCUUGAGCAUUUGGUUUAUUUGGUUUGUGAUCCAAGAGGGUGGGAGGCAUUUGACCCCAAGAGAAAUAGAUGGAUAACAUUACCUAAAAUACCUUGUGAUGAGUGUUUUAAUCAUGCAGACAAGGAGUCCUUGGCUGUGGGGAGUGAAUUGUUGGUGUUUGGUCGGGAAUUGAUGGAUUUUGCCAUUUGGAAGUACAGCUUGAUUUGCCGUGGUUGGGUGAAGUGUCAGGAGAUGAACCGACCUCGAUGCUUGUUCGCAUCUGGCAGUCUUGGUUCAAUUGCUAUUGUUGCUGGUGGAAGUGAUAAAUAUGGAAAUGUUCUUGAAUCCGCCGAGUUGUAUGACUCUUCUUCAGGUACAUGGGAACUUUUGCCGAACAUGCACACACCACGUAGAUUGUGCUCUGGUUUUUUCAUGGAUGGCAAGUUCUAUGUGAUCGGUGGCAUGUCAAGUCCUACUGUUUCAUUGACUUGUGGAGAAGAGUAUGAUCUUAAGACAAGAAACUGGCGGAAAAUAGAGGGUAUGUAUCCAUAUGUUAAUGGGGCUGCUCAGGCUCCUCCACUUGUGGCAGUUGUGGAUAAUGAGUUAUACGCAGUUGAGCAUCUUACCAACAUGGUGAAGAAAUAUGACAAGGAAAAUAACAGUUGGAGUGAAUUGGGAAGACUUCCAGUUCGGGCCGAUUCUUCAAAUGGAUGGGGCCUGGCUUUCAAGGCUUGUGCAGAGAAGCUUCUGGUUGUGGGUGGGCAAAGGGGUCCAGAAGGUGAAGCUGUUGUACUGAACUCAUGGUGUCCUAGGACAGGGGUCAGGAAUGGAACCAUAGAUUGGCAAGUACUUGGUGUUAAGGAGCAUGUCGGGGUGUUUGUUUACAAUUGUGCUGUUAUGGGAUGGUCUGGUGAGAUGCUUCUUGAUUGACUCAGCACAAGAUUUGCUGGUAUCUACAAUCUGACUUAGCUUUGAGGGGUGCUUCCUAGUUCAUUCAUCUCAUUUACUAAGCUAAUUGUCUGAGACUGAGAAUUCGGGUUUCUACUUUUGACUUCUUAAAAUUUGGAUGCGUUUCUCCCUUUCAUGAUCCACAAUUUUUAUUUGCUUUCAACAUUACUUAGUAGGCUUACACGGAUAUGUUCUGGUAUCCUUUUCUUAUCCAACUAUGUAAACCAAUAAAUCAGUUUUAUUUUUUAAUACUUCAAUGCUCAUUCUUUGCUUUA